AUGAUGAAGACGACCCUGCUGCUCUUCGUACUCCCGGCCAUCGCGACAGACACUUCGCCCUUCCAUGCGCCAGCAGCCCGCAACGACGUCAACAGCAACUAUGGCUCUGGCUCCCUCUUCAGCUUCGGCUUCUCCCCAAGACUGGCGCAGCUAGUCAAACGACAGAACCUCUGCCCGGCCGGCUACAACUCCUGUGCCUUCCUAGGCAGUCCGGAAGCGUGCUGCCAGCCCAAGGCAGUCUGCUCCCGUGACGCCGCAAGCCAUAUAGCAUGCUGUCCGCUAGGAGCAGCCUGCACCGGCAUCCUGAUGAGUAGCACUACCACCGCACCACCGCAGACAGGACCAGGGCCAGCGCCAACGCAGACUACCUCCUCUGGCUUCAUGUUCCCCCAACCAGGCACCACGGCCGCCCCUACACCCACGGGCUCAACCGUCCCCGGAGCGCCAUACCCGUUCGUCUACAUCCCCACAACCUUCCAUGACUCGGCAGAGUGUUCGCAGUACUCUGCCUGUACCUCCUCGCUCGGCGGAGCACACGGGGUCACCAUCAACGGUGGAAACGGUGCGGGAACGACGAUACAAGGUGCUGUUCCCACCGGCGACGGACAGGCCAUAUGCUCUAGCCUCUUGCUGCAGGCCUGCUUUGGUCUUCAGGAAGGAUACUGCACUGCCUUUGCGAACGGAGGAGGCGUUCCCAAUAGCUCACCUCCACACCAGCACUCGGCAUUAUAUGAGAUCCUCGCAGGUUUAUCGAUAGCCAUUGCCGGAAUGAUUGUUUGA